AUGGCUAUCACAAAGCAACCCUCCGGUGAUAUCAAAACCCGAGUGAACAGUUGCCUUAAUAAACUCUCAGACAGAGACACCCUUUCCAUGGCUACCAAUGAAUUGGAGUCUAUAGCUAGAAAUCUUUCGACCGAAUCAUUUGGCCCUUUCUUGAACUGCCUUUCCGCCACCGACUCGUCGGAUAAGUCGCCGGUCCGCCGUCAGUGCGUCCGCCUUUUGGGAAUUCUAUCCGCCUCCCACGGAGACGCUUUGUCGCCUCACCUAUCUAGGAUGCUCUCUUCCGUCUUCCGUCGCCUCCGGGACCCCGACUCCUCCGUCCGCUCCGCCUGUGUCGACGCGAUAACCUCCAUUACCACCCACGUAACAAAGCCUCCUUUCUCUGCCAUUCUCAAGCCCCUUGUAGACGCUCUUUUCCACGAGCAAGACCAGAACUCACAGAUCGGUGCUUCGCUGUGCUUAGCUGCCGCUGUGGAGGCGGCGCAGGAACCCGACAUGGUGGAGCUGAAAACGCUCUUGCAGAGGCUGUUGAAAUUAGUAAAAAGUGACUGUUUCAAAGCGAAAUCUUCUUUGUUAGUGCUCAUUGGCAGCAUUGUGAGCGUUGGGGCUGCUAAAUCCAAGAAUUUAUUGAAUUGUUUGAUUUCGGCCACUGUUGAGCUCUUGAGCAAUGAAGAUUGGGCCACCAGAAAAGCGGCAGCGGAGGUUUUAGAGAGGCUGGCCACGGCGGAGACAAAUAUGUUACCGGAGUUUAAGGCUUCUUGUGUUGCUACAUUGGAUAGCAGAAGAUUUGACAAGGUGAAAGUUGUGAGGGAGACAAUGAAUCGGGCAUUAGAGAUGUGGAGAGGUGUUCCAGCAGUAUACGAAGAGGAAUCCACAUCAAAAGAUGGUGGAAGUGGCGAACACUCCCCCAUACGGAUUUCGACAAGUCCCGCUAAUAGUGGCUCGGUGACUCCUCGAGUAAAGAAAAUGCUGACAAGCAGGUCACCUGCAUCUAGUAGUUCUUCUAUAGCCAGCAAUGAGAAAAGAACUCUAAAAAGUGAAAACAGGAAGCCAAUUACUUCUAGAUCGAGUAAGGUUGAUUUUGGGAAAAGCUUUCGGUUUCGUGUGGUUCCUUGUAAUGGGAAUGACGACAAUGUGUUUGAUAUGGCUACCGACAAUGCUAAUGAAUGCAACCUUGGGGAUCAAAAAGAGUUCGAGGAUAUUUCAUUGAUUAGGGAACAGCUUGUGCAAAUUGAAAACCAGCAAUCUAGUUUGUUGGAGCUCCUCCAGAGAUUUAUUGGAAACUCCCAGAAGGGGAUGAAUUCGUUGGAAAAACGAGUAAAUGGUCUGGAGAAGGUGCUAGACGAGAUGUCACGUGAUUUAGCUAUUUCAACUCGAAGAACUCCGAGCAGUGAUUCUAAUGGAAACGCAUGUUGUCUGAUACCCGGAGCAGAAUUUCUGAGUCCAAAGUUUUGGAGGAAAACCGAAGGACAAAAUUCCAAUGCCAAGUUCUUUUCUAGUGUUACGGAAUAA